AUGAACACGCAAAGUUUACAAGUAGUUAUUUUGGGAGAUUUGAGGCAAGGGAACGCAGAAACCACAAUGGCUAAUCGUUUAAAGAAUUCAUGCAAUCAAAACGAAGAUCAAAACUGGACUCUUUUGAACAUUUCUGGUAUCGACAACUGCUUUAAGCCACAAAAAUUUGACCUAAAUAACUACUUGAAAGAAAAUAACGUAGACUGCGUUAUCGCUUUAAACGGUUACAAAACUUGUGAAAUUUUAAAAGACUGCCGUGUUCCAAAUGCUACUGUUAUCUCUGAAUCAGAAUUGUGGAAUCUCGAUAAAGAACAACUAAGAGGCAUGGAGAAUAUUCUUGGGGGAUCAAAUCUGAUAGCAGUUCUGAGGAUAACCACAACUGCUCCAUUACCUGACCAAGCAAACAACCUCCUGAAAAAGUUUAUAACUCUUCCAAACAGCAAAUACUUUUUAAUGGCGUGCAAGAUAAACGAAUCAAAAGAUCCAUUACAUGUAUUGCCAGCAUUUACACAUUGGCACCAGCUGCACAGAUCUCAUCCAUUUCUUUUAAUAUCGGGAGAGAAGAGAAGUUUUGUAGACAAAAACAGAAUUGAUUCUUCAAUAUUACACCAAACUAGCCUCACCAGACCUAGUACUAACACAUCUUGCCUCCAUUAUGUAACUAGCAUCAGUUAUGCAUCUGCCGCAACGAUCGGAAAACCAACGCACUUGAGACAGACCGUGAAAAAAUCUUCAAAAAAUGGCUCAUGCCCAGGCGUCAUAUACAUAGGCUUUGUUGUUCAACGAUUGCUUCAUCAAUUAAUCCGUGGCUCGGUGGCUCUGGUCAGCUCGUCCACUAUUGGUGGCUCAUGCACGACAGUUUUAGAGGUGAAUUAUAAAAUCUUGUCUAUAACGGCUGUCGGACAGUAA